AUGGCAGGAGCUGUCUUCCCGCGGGGACACUCGAAGGAGGCUGCUGUGCGAGCUUUCGAACCGCUACGUUCACUUUCCCUUUUGCCUACCUCGCAACACGCGCCCCCCCCGCCCCCCGCAGCCGAGGAGGGGCAGGCGGAGCGGCAGGCGGGAGAGGAUGCGCUGCCGGGGGCUCGGGGGCGGCGAGCUCUGGCUCGGCAGCGGCAGGAACGCGCAUCGCCCGCGACCCGGAGGAAGGGGAGAGUACUGGGUGUCCCCAUGGGGAAAUCCAAACCUCCGGGGCUCCUGAGGGAGGAGACCGGUCAGGAGGACCGCGUGCUCCGCUGGGGAAAGCCGUCCUGGGCGGGAGAGCCGCCCCGCAGAGGACACCUCGUCUCGGGCACGCAGGCGGUGCCGGACCGGAGCCCGGACGGGAGCCGCACCUGCGGCGAAGUGCGGCUGAAGGGCUCGGGCAGGAGGGCAGCGUCCAGCCCGGCCGUGCGAGACUCAGCCCCACCCCCGGGGGCCCGCAGCUGCGCUGGACAGGGUGCGGGGUGCCGAACCUUGCUCCCUCGGACCCCGGCAGGUGCCCCCUUCGGGCUUCCCGACCAGCCUGGCCAUUGCGCCUGCUCUGACGGGGUCGAAACCCAUUCAGCCCAUCUUCACCUUUCCGCUGCCCCCAAGAGCGGACCGCCCGGCACCGGGCUCAAGGCACCGGUUCCGCCUGGCUGGGGCGGCGGGCCGAGAGCCCACCCUGAGGUGGCCCUGCUUCCCCUGGCCGGGCGCUGGGCGCAAGCACAGAGCCCUCUGCGAAGUCCCGGAGGGGAGGGGAGCCUCGGCGGCAGAGCCAGCAGGACAGGCUGCGGCAGGGCAUCACCCCGCUCCCUCCGGCAUCACCCCGGUCCCCGCGGCACGGGCAGCGACCGCCCAGGCACGGCAAAGGUGUGGGUGCCCGAGCCGCGGCCAGCCCCGUCAGUGCCCCGCCUGCAUGGGCACAUCAGCCUCGGCUCCCUCCCGCCACCCCACGAGGGACGAAUGAGCGCUCCUCCCUGGUACGAGACUCCCGAGCGCCACAAACCUCGCCCUGCCCCGCCGCGGGACAGCAGAGCCCCCACUCCGCCCUGCUGCCCGCGGCUCCCAGCGCGGUACCGACAGAAGUUUGAUGAUGCCUCUUGA